AACAGUUCAAGGUCUACUUUAAGUAAAAAAGAAAAAGACAAAAAGACCUAAAGAAGAUCGCUUUUUGGUAUAUUGCUUCCUAACCAUCAAGUGCAGAUGGCCAAUUUGGAAUCUGCAGCUGAAGUGCUUAAAGCACUCCAUGACCUUUAUGAUGUGGACAAUUCAGCAAAUAAGAAAGAAAUUACUCGCUUUUUAGAACGGUUUCAAAGAAAGCAUGAAGCUUGGGCAACUGCUGAUUACAUUUUAAAAAGUGACAACUCAAACGUACAGGCUUAUUUAUUUGCUGCACAAACCCUCAAGAUCAAAAUUGUAUCCGACUUGAUUGAUUUAGACGCCACAGCUCGGUUACAAUUACGCGAUUCGCUUUUAGGAUUUCUAUGCACGCGUGUUGGUGAGAUCCGAGCUGUAAGAGUUCAGCUAUGCCUUGCAUUAGCUGACCUGGCCAUUCAGAUGCUGGAUUGGAAAACGGUGAUUCCUGAUCUCACAGAAGCAUUUGGUCGAUCACGAGAAAAGGUCACUCUCUUUCUUGAGAUACUCAAGGUUCUAUCUGAAGAAAUGGAAAGCAACUCGAGAAUACCUUUAAGUAAUGAAGAGUAUAAAGCAAGAGCAAAAGAGCUCAUUGACGACAACGCCGAAGAAGUCUUGCAGCUACUGAAUUCGUAUAUGCAAACUAGUGGAGACGAUGUUGAACUUCAGGAGCAGAUAUUUAGAUGCUUGGAUAGUUGGAUUUAUACAGGAUCAAUUGACAUCAAAUCGCUUGUGGUCAGUCCCUUAUUCGGAUUUGCAUUUGAGGGACUUGGUUCUGAAGAGCUAUUUGAAGUUUGCUCUGAUGUCAUUGUCGAGAUUAUAAGGGAAACGCGUGAUGUGAACGAAUAUAAAGAAGUGAUAGAACAGAUUUAUCCACUGUUUGGACCUAUGCUUAACAAAUUAAGAAUAGCCAUUGGAGAUGACAAUGACGAGGCUGUUGCUGGCUAUUGUAGAAUAUUUACCGAAGCAGGUGAUGCAUAUGUGACAUUAAUCGCCCUACAUCCUGAAGCAUUUGGUGUACUACUUGAUGGUAUUGGUGAAUGUGCAGCCUACAAUGACUUUGAAGUGGUAGAGAUGACUUUCAAAUUCUGGUACGAGUUGACAAACACCCUUAUAAGCGAAAAAUAUCAAGCAGCCAUACCACAUUUAGCGCCCUACUUUGAUACACUAGUGGAUAUCAUGUUAAAGCAUCUUCAGUACCCUCCCGAUGAAAACGUCAUGACAGCAGAAGACAGAGACGAGUUCCGAGACUUUAGACAUCAUAUGGGCGAUACAUUAAAGGACUGUUGUCGUAUUCUAACGCCUCAGCGCUGCUUAGCAAAACCACUUCACUUGGUUACCAAUUUACUUGCUCAACCUAAUGCGACUUGGCAACAAAUUGAAGCGCCUAUUUUCUCUCUUCGUUCAAUGGGAUCCGAAGUUCCGUCAGACGAAAAUGAAGUGAUGCCAGCCAUUAUGGAAAUGCUAUCAAAACUGCCCGACCAUCCAAAGAUUCGCUAUGCUGCGAUACUUGUUAUUUCACGCUAUUCAUUCUGGACAAAGUAUCAUUCUCAGUACAUCACAUAUCAACUAAACUUCAUUUCUUCUGGAUUUCAGGAUCCAGAAGUAGCUGCAGCUAGUGCGCUUGCUCUUAAACAUCUUUGCAAGGACUGUAGUAAGCAACUUGUAGAGUACAUCUCGCAGCUACAAGUAUUCUAUGUCAACAUUAUUAGAACGCUUGAUUACCCUGAUGAUAAUGAAGUAACUGAGGCUAUUUCACAUGUACUUGCUCAGCUUCCUGUGAAUGAAAUUCAAAAUGCAUUGCAAAUAUUUUGCCUGCCAGUCGUCCAGCAACUACAUGAGCUUGUGACAAAAGCUCAAAGCGGUGUCUCGGUUACUGAUGAUGUUAAAAGCUAUGUAAAAAUUGGAGACACUGCAAUGCUGAUUAGUAUAUUCUUCAAAGUCAUUCAACCUGAAGUACCGCUCGGCCAACCUCAUCCAUGCAUUAAUUUUAUCAAUGAACUUUGGCCCGUGUUUGACCUGACACUAACUCAAUUCGGCGGUGUGAAUACGAUCUGCGAGCCUCUAUGCAAAUGUUUUGUUGAAAUGAUUCGUUCUUAUCGUCAGCAUCUUUUGCUCUUAGUUCCUCAAAUUAUGGAACGUAUGGUGAAAGCAUUUGAAGCAACUGGUCACGGAGUGUAUGUGUGGGUAGCUCAGAAACUAGUAGUCAAUUUCAUUCAACAACAAGAGAUGACUGGCUUGUGCUGGGAACUUGUCAAAAAGAUGAGCGAAAUCUUGUUUAUAAAGCUACAAACAGUGCCACUUGAUAACAUUUCCGCAGCAAUAGGAGAUUACUUCAAACUGAUCACUUGUAUCUUAAAGGAUAGACCCGAGUUACUUCUGCAGGACCCUGUGUUAUUAUCGACAGUGUUUAGAGCAGGUUUGGCUGGGUUGCCGAUGAAAGAUAACGUCAGCUUGUUGGAUACUAUUGCAUUUUACCGUGAAUUGGUGGAUAAUCAUCUACUAGUCGAUAUCGUACUUGGCUUAUUUAAGGAAUUUGGAGGAAAUCUGAUAUCACUAUUGAUGAACGGAAUGCUAAGCUACUUUUCCUCGGAAGUAACUGAUGAUUCGGUGAGAUUGGUGGUAUCGCUAUCAAAAUCACUGCCUAAUGAAUCUAUCCAAUGGAUGGCAAGUGUUAUGGAUCAAGUACCUAUGGACUAUACAAGCGUAGAAAAGAAGAGCGAAUUUAUGAACAAGUGGGCAGCGGCAAUUCAUGAGCAGCAAUUUAAUAAGCUAAAGUCUAGUUUAUCAAGGUUUAUAGCCUUAAAUGAAAGAGAUACUUAAAAUAAAUUUUAUUUGCUUUUUUUAUCCAAUCUUCUUGUGAAUUAGGUCAUAUGACUUUGUAGCUCUUGUUGUACAGUCUAACUUGAGGUUAAGCACGCCACAUUACGAUAUACAAUAGUGCGUCUUUUUCUCUUAAUUUUGUUCUAAGCUUUCUUUUUGUCUCGAGAAUACGGAUCAGUAAAGCACUUGAAUAGCUAACACUGGUACAAGCAAUACCGAAUUUACCUCUGGAAUUAGAAUGUCUGUAUCACACACUCUCUCUGUUUGAUGAGUCUAUGUAUAAUAUUUUAAUCAACCUAAUUGUCUCGUGGCGAGUCUCUCAUCUCACAUACAAUUGCUGUUCUUCGUGUUUAAUGUUUGUUUCAAUCAUUUUAUCCUGUUUCUUUUUUACAUAUUGACCUAUUGAAAUUCGGGCUCCGCAGUCAGAUGAAUUUAAUUACUAUUUUAUAAAAAUAAUUCUUUUUC